AUGCCGUUUCUACAUUUCUCAUCAUCUCCACACACCCAUGUCUCCUACAGAAGCGUCAAGUAUGUCAUAAUGUUGGUGAUCGCGUUCAUCUUUGCAUUCUUCGGCUGUGGUAGAUCGUAUACAACAGGCAACUACACCAACGUACCCGACCCAUACCAAGGCCUCAGCCCGCCAGUAUAUCCGUCACCAGAAGGCAAAGGUAACAGCAAUCCACAAUGGACAGAAGCAUACAGGCAAGCCCGAGAUCUCCUCUCGCAACUUACCCUAGAUGAGAAGGUCAACCUCACCGGCGGUCACCUAGGACGAUGCGUUGGCAGCACUGCGGCAGUCCCGCGCGUGGGAUGGGGACCAAUGUGUCUCUCCGACGGACCCAGCGGUAUUCGUGAUGUCGAGUUCGUGUCGGCUUUUCCUGCCGGUCUCACUCUCGGAGCUACCUUCGAUCGGAACCUGACGUACCAAUACGGCAAAGCUAUCGGCGAAGAGUAUCGAGACUUCGGCUUGAAGAUGUAUCUUGGGCCUAUGGCUGGUCCGCUCGGACGAAUCGCACGUGGAGGCAGGAAUUGGGAAGGCUUCAGCAACGAUCCGUAUCUGUCUGGCGCUGGAAUGGGAGCCGUCACAAAAGGCAUACAGUCAACUGGUACUUUCGCGGUCGCAAAGCAUUGGCUUGGCAAUGAGCAAGAGGAGCGACGCAGAGCCUAUGAGGACAGAGGCGAAGCUAUCUCCUCCAACAUCGAUGAUCGGACGUUGCACGAGCUCUAUGCAUUUCCGUUCAUGGAUGCGCUCAAAGCAGGUGCUGCAAGUGUUAUGAUCAGCUACCAACGGCUCAACAACUCAUACUCGUCGCAGAACUCCGCACUUAUCAAUGGCAUCCUGAAGACGCAACUCGGGUUCGAAGGCCUUGUAAUGUCUGAUUGGAACUCUCAGUAUGCAGGAGUGGCUUCCGCACACGCGGGACUUGAUCUCAACAUGCCCGACGCCGGAUGGUGGGGUGGCAAUCUCACACAUGCCGUCCAAAACGGCUCGGUCACUGCUUCACGAUUGGAUGACAUGGUCGUUCGGCAGCUAGCCGCCGCCUUCUACGUUCAGCUAGAAGCAGAAAAGCACAAUUCUGGGUAUACUACACCGCUGCCAGGUACCCAGCGUCCCAUCAAUACUCAAGCCGCGGAGCACGACCGCCUGAUCAGAGAGGUCGCUGCAGCGGGCACAGUCUUGGUCAAGAAUGCGAACAAUUUCCUUCCCCUCAAGGAUCCCAAGUUCCUGACGGUGUACGGCUACGAUGCCGAGCUACGGAGAAAUCCCUGGGGUAAUAGUCCUGGAAUCUUUGCUGGUGGACCGGAAGAGAACUUCGGCUGGAAUACACACAACGGAACAUUGAUCGCUGGAGGCGGCUCCGGUUCCUCUACGCCAUCCUGGGUAGUCUCGCCAUUUCACGCCAUCACAGAGCGCAUGAUGGCCACGCACGGCGUCGUUCGCUGGAACUUUAUCUCCGACUCUCCACAACCUCCUUAUCCAGAAGUCGACGCUUGCCUAGUUUUCAUCAAUGCAUACGCCUCGGAAGUGUUCGAUCGCACCUCACUUGUAGACGAAUUCUCCGACCGACUGAUCCACAAUCUGGCAGCCAACUUUACCAAUGUCGUCGUCGUAAUUCACAACGCCGGCAUUCGUGUAGUAGACGCAUGGAUCGAGCAUCCCAACGUCACAGCUGUGCUCUUCGCCGGUCUGCCCGGACAGCAGGCCGGAAACGCCAUAGCAGAUGUUCUCUGGGGCGACGUCAAUCCUUCAGGGCGGCUUCCCUUUACAGUUGCCAAGAAGGAGAGCGACUAUGGGCACCUGCUGAACUCGACUGCAAGCGACGAUUCAUAUCCACAGGAUGACUUUACUGAGGGUCUCUACAUCGACUACCGCGCCUUUCAUCGGGAUGAUAUUGAGCCGAGGUUUCCCUUUGGGUUCGGAUUGUCCUACACGGACUUCUCGUACGAGCUGUUGGACGUGGAGUACGUUGAUGCGGUCUCACACGACGAGUGGCCUGAUUCAGAACGGGAGAUUGUUCAAGGAGGACAUCCUGAACUUUGGGAUACGCUAUUCACCGCUCGCGUUCGUGUUCGCAAUGUCGGAGAUGUUGCAGGUCACGCAGUGCCCCAACUUUACGUCUCGAUCCCGGAUAGUCCUAAAUGGCAGCUCCGAGGCUUUGAGCGCGUUGGGCCGCUUGCUCCUGGAGCACAAGAAGUUGUGGAAAUGAACCUGACGCGCCGAGAUCUCAGUACCUGGGACGUGGGGAGGCAGAAUUGGAGGUUGAGGUGCGGUGCGGAAUACCUCGUUGCUGUUGGGGACAAUGCUAGAGAUAUGGUAGAGAGUGACGGACUGGGAGUUCAUCGCUUAGGGAACCUAUGCAAACGGGAGAGUGAGUGGACGGUCUAG